GUGCCUCACCCGAAGGGGGACACCAGGGACUCGCUAUCCCUUCAGAUCCCUCAUGCAUAAUGCUUGGGUCAUGUAGCGCCAAGACAUUGCUUAUCACCCUUUUCUUCCCCUACAAGCGGAUAGCAGUCCUUGCGUUCGUCUCCUCGCCAAUAAUAGGAACCGCCUCACUCUGCUACCUCACCAUCAAAGGGCUACAAACAAUUCUAUCCAAGGACGUUCAUGUUCAUUCAUAUCCUCCCGGUCCGCCUCGAAAGCCAAUACUCGGAGCUCUCACGAGCUUCCCAAAAGACCACAUUUACGAGCGCUUCAAUGAAUGGGCAGCGCUUUAUG